CACCACACCGCCAAACCAACACGUGCGAGCGUACAGCACAAUAUUUUUUCAUCUUCUCGCUGCAAUUAUUGUUUAUUUCUUUAAUAAUUCUAUUAAAAUAAAAUAAUUUCAUUUAAAAAUGUCUCUUCGCGAAAAAAUCCUCAUGAAGAAAAUCAAAAAACGAGAAAAAAUGAAGAAAGAACUUGCUGUUAAAAAGGGACAAAUACAAAACGGUAACGAUGAGAAUGGAUUAGAAGAAGACUUCUCAGAAGCUCCACAAGUGAAAAAGGUUCCAAAAAAGAAGAAGAAACAAAUUGUUCAAGAAGUUACCCAGGAAAAUGAUUCCUCAGCAGAAGAAGAAGUCCAGGCACCAGUAGAAAAGAGCAAAAAGUCAUCAAAAGCAGAGCCUAUAAACAAGAAGAAAAAACUUGAAAAACCCACCGUUCAAGAAGAACCAGAAGAAGAAGAAUCUUCCGAUGAAAACGGUGAAGAGAAUGGAGAAAGCAACGGAAACAACGUCAGCACUCGUGACCCCGACGACUUGUCCUUUGCUUCUCUCAAAGGCCUGGUGUCUGAUGAAUCCCUUAAGGCAAUCGCCGAGAUGGGUUUCACUUCCAUGACGGAAAUUCAAGCCAAAUCCAUUCCACCAUUGUUGGAGGGACGUGAUUUAGUUGGUGCUGCCAAGACUGGAUCAGGAAAGACCCUAGCUUUUCUUAUACCUGCUGUGGAGCUAAUUUACAAGUUAAGGUUUAUGCCAAGAAAUGGCACAGGUGUCAUCAUCAUCUCACCAACCCGUGAAUUGUCUAUGCAGACAUUUGGAGUACUCAAAGAAUUGAUGGCUCAUCAUCAUCAUACCUAUGGGUUGGUAAUGGGAGGUUCCAAUCGUUCGGUCGAGAGUGAGAAGUUAGGAAAAGGUGUUAACAUUCUUGUGGCGACUCCUGGUCGGCUACUGGAUCACUUGCAGAAUUCUCCGGAUUUCCUUUACAAGAACCUGCAAUGCCUGAUUAUUGAUGAAGUCGAUCGAAUUCUUGAAAUUGGUUUCGAAGAGGAACUUAGGCAAAUUGUCAAUUUGCUUCCAAAACGCCGCCAAACAAUGUUAUUCUCUGCCACACAAACCGACAAAAUCGAUGCCCUUUCGAAAUUAGCCUUGAAAAAAGAACCAAUCUAUGUUGGGGUCGACGAUCAAGAGGAAACAGCUACAGUAAGUGGCUUGGAACAGGGCUACAUUGUGUGUCCAUCUGAAAAACGUCUAUUAGUGCUUUUUACGUUCCUGAAAAAGAAUCGCAAGAAGAAGGUUAUGGUAUUCUUUUCAUCGUGCAUGUCUGUUAAAUAUCAUCAUGAAUUAUUCAACUAUAUUGAUCUUCCAGUCACAUCGAUUCAUGGAAAACAAAAACAAACCAAGCGAACAACAACUUUCUUUGGGUUCUGCAAUGCUGAAUCGGGUAUCUUGUUGUGUACAGAUGUAGCAGCUCGUGGUUUGGAUAUUCCUGCAGUUGAUUGGAUUGUUCAAUAUGAUCCUCCAGAUGAUCCAAAGGAAUACAUCCAUCGUGUUGGCCGAACGGCUCGUGGACAAGGUAGUUCAGGACAUGCAUUGCUUAUUUUAAGACCCGAAGAAUUGGGAUUCUUGAGAUAUUUGAAAAUGGCUAAAGUGCCAUUGAAUGAGUUCGAGUUUUCAUGGAAUAAAAUUGCUGAUAUUCAAUUGCAGUUGGAGAAACUAAUUUCGAAGAAUUACUUCCUCAAUCAAUCGGCCAAGGAGGCAUUCAAGGGAUACGUUCGGGCAUAUGAUUCGCAUCAAUUGAAAACAAUAUUCGAUGUGAACACUCUGGACUUACAAACGGUGGCGAAAAGUUUUGGAUUCCUAGUGCCGCCAGUGGUUGAUUUGAAGAUUGGUUUUAGAAGAAAACGUCCCGAGAAACGUGUAGGUGGAGGUGGUUAUGGCUACUACAGAGAAUUGAACGAAGAGAAAUCCAGCCAAAAGGUCUACAAACAAGUGACACGCGAACAAUUGAAGAAGAAGAAAUUUACAAGAUGAAAAUUUUAUCACUCGAUAUCAAAUUAUGUUCAAUUUGUAAAGAUUUUUUUUUUAAUUUGAAUUAGUUAAGAUUUAAUGAAAAUUUGUAUUUUGUUAAUUUUCAAGUUUGAUAACAAUUAAAAUAUAGAAGGUAUACUAUAGAAAAGUGUACACAUGUA